GCGCCGCCCGCGGAAGGAGCGGGGCCCGUGGGCGGAGCUGGCGGUGCUGGACCCCACGCGCGAGGGCCCAGAGAGGCUCAACCUCGUGCCGCGGCUGCCCCCCGCGGCUCAGGUGCUGCUCACGCACGAGCUGCAGCGCGCGGCGCAGAGGCUGAGCAGGGUGUCGGUGUCCCACGAGAGCGCGUACGGGGAGAGCAGGGCCAUCCUGGAGGAGGUUUUUGCCCCGGUGCCCGAGGGCGCCAACCUGCUGCCGUCGAGCGCGGCGGGCGGCCUGGGCGUCCUGCUGCUCCGGGGCGAGAUCUCGAAGGGCAGGGCCACGGUGCAGGUCGCCAUCGUGGACAGCGUCACGCCGCGGAGGGGCUGGACGGCGCAGUUCUUGCACCGCUCCGACGACCGCUCCGAGCUGGAGGCCCGGCUGUGCGACGCG